AUCACGAGAAGAAAAAAUAAUAAUUAACGAAAUAUACAUAAAAAUGCCAACGACUUGUCAAUUUGAAUUUUCGCGUGCUACACCCAUUUACUACAGUGGCGAGCAAAUAAGUGGCAGUAUAAUAUUGCGUACAACAAAACGGCUCUCCGUCGAAGCAAUACAAAUCUUCUUAGUUGGCACUGAGCGCGUCGAGUGGCUGGAGAGAAAUAGAGAAGCAAUACUUUUGCAUAAUGAUAGUACUGAACAGGAUAACAAAUUGCUCUUUAGCGACAAAAGGGAGCUCUUUUGUGAGUCAUAUACGCUAGCAAAGCAUACUUGCUUGCAGGCUGGUGAAAUUUUCGCGGAAAAGUUUUCCUUUACCUUACCACAUGAAGCUCCAGCAAGUUAUAAUACGAAAUAUGGAGAGAUAUUUUACUGCGUUCGUUUGAUACUGCAGCGCACAUCAAUUUUCAACAAAGUGUUCGAAACACGCUGUAUUAUCAAAAAUCGCAUAGAUUUAUGUGCAUCGGUCGAGUUGAGUGAGCCACAAACAAUAAAAGUAGCAAAUACGAAGUCUUCCGAUGUUCAAGAAACAUCCCUCCUCUUCACCGUAUGUUCAGGCACUGGCUAUGUGCCCGGCCAGAAUAUAAUCUACACCAUAAGUGGUCGGCACAGAUUUUCAGCAUGCAAUAGAUUACGUGUAAAUCUAUGUCAGUUAAGCACUUUUCGUGCUACUAAGUCACAAAUGAAAGUAAGAGAAUCUCUAAUAAUAUUGAAUAGAGAUACACGGAAAAUAAGUUCAUCAUACGUCAUGGCUUGCGGUCAACUAAAUAUUCCGCUGCUCACACAUAUCUCCCUGCCGGCCAAUGAAAAUAAUCUAAUCAAAAUUUGUCAUUACCUUGAAGCUAUGCUUACUUAUAAAAAGCGUAUAUUACAAAAAUUCAUUAUACCCAUUACAGUUGGUACAAUACCACCGAAAAGAGUGAAACUCAGUGAGUUAGAGCAGUACAUGGAAGGCGCGCAACAAAAUCACUGUUACGACAAUUUAGCUACAGAUGCAGUUGGUGACCGAUUGCAGCAAAAUAUUUAUGUAAAAGAUUAUUCUACUUUGGCAUUGGACAAUAUACCAUCUGAUUUGAUUUUAAAAGCUAUACCAUCAUCAGGCAAUCUGUUGAAAACCAAUCUUAUUUCAAAUAAUUGUCAAACGAGGCUUUGCAGUGCAGAUAUUUGCAAUCACAACUAACAGGCGUAUCUAGAGAACAAAUAUCUUUAUGAUAGUAUUAUUAACUAUUAAGUAAUCAUAAUAUAGAGCAAGUAUUAUUUGAUAAUAAUUAUAUAAGUCAAUAUACAUUAAGACCUGAAAGUUUUCGUAUAUCUCUUGAUUUUAUAAUGAAAUUGAAUUUUUUAUUAAAUUUAUUUAUU